AUGGGGAAGAAAAACAAAAAGAGCAAAGAAAAACAAGAAAAGAUAAAACUCAAAAAAGAAAAGCAAAAGUUGAAGUCCUUGAAAACGAAGAAAAAAAACGACAACAGUGGCAACCAUGACGUGUUGAGUGACGCAGAUUUUGAAACCAUAUGCUUGUAUUACGAAAAUUUAAAUAAAAAAGAUAAGUAUGGACAUAUAAAUGUGAACACGACAAGCAACAACACAUUUGUGGAGUGCGAAAAACCCAGCCCCAGGUCCAACUGCUCCGUCACGUUUAUUAACGAAGAGGAGUUCCUCCUAUUCGGUGGAGAGUACAAUAAUAACCACGAACUGGUGGCUUACAACGACUUGUUCAAGUACAAUGUAGUGAAAGAUAAGUGGAAGUAUUAUUUCACAACAGCGGUUUAUUUCAAUAAAAAGUUGUAUAUCUUUGGGGGAGAACUAUGCACGAACACACAAUUUUUUCACUACAACGAUUUCUGGUCUUUUGAUAUAAAAAAUAACACCUUUGAAGAAAUAGAAUGCAAAAACAAAAGAGACGAGAAGCCCUCCCCAAGGAGUGGGCAUCGAAUGAUUUUAUGGAAAAGCUCCAUAAUUAUGUUUGGAGGCUUUUUCGAUAAUGGAAAGUCAGUAGAAUACUUUAGCGACCUAUACAUGUACGUAAUCAGCAGUAACAAAUGGGUAAACCUAACCAGCAUAUAUGUGGACUGCCUGUUUAGGAGAUUAACCCAGGAAGAUGGAGCCAACACUGGAAACUCGCUAAGCACAACGAAAAAUGAAAAAAAGAAAAAGGGAGAUAAAACAAUAUCACAAAAUGUGAAGAACGCCUUUUUUAAAAACUUUGAUUUAGAUUCCUAUAUGCCAUCUAAAAGAUCCAGCGUUAGUCUAUUCACCGACAUGAAAUUUCAAAGAGUCUAUAUAUAUGGAGGGUAUGCUCAGAUAAAAAACACUUCGAGGAAUGCCAUCGGGGCCUACUACAAUGACUUGUGGGUUGUAAAUAUAAGCUACACUGGGGAAGAUAACAUCCAGGUCAAUUUUAAAAAACUGAAAAAAAGUAUCUUUCAACCAUCCAAGAGAAUUGGGUUCAGCACAUGUAUUUACAAAAACUCGCUAAUUUUAUUUGGGGGUGUUUUUGACAAGGUGGAGAAUAAUAACACGAACAAGGCGACAACGCAGACACAGAGUAGCACCUCCACCGGGCUUAACAAUACUACCGGUAAGGUUUCCUCCUUGGAGGAAUCACUCAACAUACAGUCCAUUUUCUUUAACGAUUUAUACUCGUUUGACAUGAAUAAGGAGCACUGGUCCUACCUCAGCUUGAAGGGAAACAGCGAUGUCAGAGAGAUCAACCGAAACGGAAAGGAAAAUAAAAAAAAACGAAACGGAGAACUCAACCCGGAUUCCCCCUCCGGCGGCAGCAGCAGUAAGCAGCUUCUACCGGGGGACCAAGACCCUUUAAGCAAAAGUACAGAAGGCCGAUUCGGCGCCUCCAAGGAUUCCGCGUCGGAUGGCUACGAUUCCAGUCGCUUCACCGACGGAGACAAUAAUGACGACGAGUACUACUCCAACUUGUUUGUCUAUUUUGACGAAAAUGGAAAUAAAAAAACGAUCAAGAUUGACCAGGAAAACGAGGAAAGCAGAAGUGGUAACGAAUCGCACAACGAGAAAAAGGAAUUUCACGAGAAGUCCCCAAAUGGAAACUCCCAUGCGCCAAACGUGAAUAAAGAAAAGGGCACCUGGACAAACCAAGUAAUCGACUCGCACUCGGUGUUUAUGCAGUGCGAGCAGUCGGCACACGCGGGCCUCGCUAACGUCGUGGGCGAUUCGAAAAGGGGAAAAAAGGGGUUCGAAAAAUGCUGCAUUCCAAAUGGCGAUCAUGAUGACCAUCAUAAUGGGGGCCACCCCCCUGAGGGAAGAGACGCACCAGGAGAGUGCGCGGGGCAGGAGGACCACUCCGCAGUGCACGACCUUUCCGCGACGAACGACCCUUCCGCGGCGCACGACCCUUCCGCGGUACACGACCUAACCGACUCGGACUCCGACUCUGACACCAACGAGGCAGACAAAAAAACCAAGUUCGUAAUAAACGGCGUGGAGCCCAUCGGCAGAAUCAACAGCCACAUAUUCGUAACGAACAAAACGUUGCACCUACUUGGUGGUAUGUAUGAAUACAAAAAUAACGAAAUAAUGUUAAGUGAUCACUGGAAAAUUAACAUUUUCAAAAGAGAAAAAUGGGAACUAGUACAUAAAGGAAAUCUAGAUGACAUUUAUGUGGAAGAAACUGAUUCGAGCUCUUCCCUCUCGAUAGACGAUGAAGAUAAGGACGAAAAGGAAAUAGAAAAUUUGAUCAUUUCUGAUAAAAUAAAAAAAAUGGAAAAUAAAAUAAAGGCCCAAAGUGGAGGAUUCAUUUUUGAUGCCAAUGAAAAUUUAAAUGAAUUCUUCCUCAGAACAAAAGAGCACUGGUUGAAAGAGCUAAAUGUGGAUGAAGAAAAUAAAAGAAGUAGAAAAGACGCUUUCGUUCUGUGUGAGCAGAAAUACCAAGUGCUGAAAAAGUACCAUAGGAAAAUUCACAAGUAUAGGGAAUUGCUUUUGGCUGAAGAGUGCGGAUCGAGCAUGACUGAGGGGAGCUCCAGCGACCUGGGCGAGGAAUCCUCUAGUUAG